CGACAUCGACAUCGACAUCGACACUGACGGCAGAUCUCGAUUGCCUCUCCAUGCAACGUCUCAUCUUUUUGUCUGAGCCAGAAGCGAUCGCAGGGACCAUUGAACAGUUUCAUUGUCGUACUACAGUAUUGCUAUCUUAGUAUUACUCUUCUCUCCUUUCUUCUUUGCAACCCCUCUCCCCCGUAUACUAGUUCUAUGAACUCCAAUUCGGUCAAUAUGCCACAGUCGGAGCUGAAGUGCAACAUCUGCCCCCGGAAACCCAAGUUCAGCGAUGUCUCUCACCUCCUGACCCAUGUGAGCUCGAAAGGCCAUCUGUCUCACUACUUCAAGCUACAAGUACGCAGUCAGCAGGAACCCCAGGCUGGUGAGCUGCUGGCUGCGUAUGACCGGUGGUAUAAGCAGAAUAAGCUGGCCAACCUGUUGUCAGACCGCAUGCUGGCAAAAGAAGCCCGGACUGGCAAAGGCUCCCGUGCCAGUAACCGCUCAAGCCUUCCGGUUGCCUUUUCUCACCAGCCGUCGACAACUGUGGCUCCACCUACCAACCAGAAUGCCCCUAUUAUAUCCAGUCCUAGGAGAGGUUCGCUUCCUAGUUUCUUAGACCCCCAGCUCUCUCAGAACUACUAUACCCACGACGCUCAAGGAAACCGUCUCUCUGGCAGAACGUACUCUCCCAUGUCUGUUAGCAGUAUGAUCAACCCCAAUCCUCAGCCAGGAUAUGGCUGGCACCAACAAACUCAAUAUCAGCCCCAGGCCACUUUGCAAGCCCCAUCUACGCAAACCGUAUGGAAGGAUGGAGAUGAGACGGAGUCAGAUGGAGAGGGAAGUCCUCUGAUGGCCAGGCGAAUGAGGAGAGGGUCGUUGUUAGACCCAUCUCUUCGCUUCGUUCGGCAAUCCAUCACUCCCGAUCCCUUCAUUGACGACGAUGCUGCUUAUGAGUAUGAUGACCAGGAAGACCAUAGCCAGCGUGGAAGCGAUGAGAUGACCCGGCUGAAAGGGGUCUUUUGGCCUGGCAUGGAUAUUUUUGAUUCUGCAACUGAAGAAAUGAGACGCAAACGCAAUCAGAAGAAGGAUGGGUCCAUUAUCAAGCAAAUGGAAGAGACAUCCGAAAGCGUCGAACCUACCGAGCUAGUAUUCUCCCCUAAUGGUACCCUUCGGAAACAGCGUGUCAUCUCUGGGAUGGUUGACGAUAGUAGCCCGCUGAAGGGAGAAACUCCUAUCCCGAAGACGAAGGUAACCCGUCCUCGUAGACGACCCAUGUCUCAGCUGAGCGGAAAUGUCCAGAUGGCACAAAACAGAUACAAGAUGAGGAUUAGGGAGCAGAGCCGCGCUGCUCAGCUCGAAAAGCUGUCUCAACAGGCAUUAAUGCUCGGUGGCCACGGCGAUCCGAUAAACUAUCCUCCACUGGACACCCACCGCCAUGUGUUCUUUAACACAUCCAAGUAUGGACUCAAAAAUUCCGCCAAUACACCGUAUUACGGCCCCUUUAAACCUCCAAGUACUGGUUGGUAGCUUGUUUACAUCCACAAAAAUAAGGUCCCGGCUAAUAGCUUUAUCGCACUAGAAGCCUACCGUGGGAAAGAGAAUAUUGACCCUAUGUUUUGCCAUGAGCGAAAUGUUCAGAAGCAACAGUACUAUUACGGAUAUCCAUCCCAAAACGAGAACGAUAACUAUGGAUACUCGAUGAACCCAUUGUCUUAUGCCGCCUCUCAGCAAUCUUGUGACUCUGGUUCCAAUAGGGCCGCCGUUAAGGAUACUAUGACCGUUGAUACCAGAGACUUAUUUGGUCAGCAGACACCUGGAGUUUUUCAAAACGCAUCUCCCAAAAGCCCUAUGGCUGAAAUGGGCCACGAUGACAUUGCUCGAAUGUAUUUCAAUGGCCCUCUGGAGUGAUUACUAGGGUUCUCGAGGUCUUGCCUAUACUCACAUGAAUUACACUCAUUACUCUCUUUAUAUAUAUUUUCUACUGUGAGCCACUGGUCAGCAAUUACCUUCAAAGACUAUGCUGUGAUCCCAGCCAGGUGAUGGUCAAACCGCUAACAUCUAUAUUGCGGUUCAAACGAUGACUCGCGCAUAACGGGCGAUUCCCAUUAUUAACUAGUGAGAUGAUCAUAGGUGUUUUAAGCUUACCUAUUGAUACUUCAUGCAUUUUUUGAUUUCCUAAAACUUCGCAGCCAGGCAUACAUAGACCAGUUCAUAGAAGUUCAGCCAAAACGUCAUGAUAAUAAUAACAUUACUUUCGUACUAUGUGCCAGAAACGGUCACGUGAUAGCGGAGCUGCGAUUUAAAUUGAAUAUUACCUAAGCAUGGCGACUACACGCGAUUUUGACGCGUUCAAGAGACAACUUGGAGAAUAGCUUCAAAAUUGAUAUCAGAGGACAACAGAGUGCAACAGCAGCAUAGUUGCUCAUUGACGGACAAAUUUAUCAGACUAGUUGUGAGUCAACUUCAUCUACGAAGCGAAAAUAGGUGAAUAAUGAGUCAAACACCAAGUCUGAAACGCAAACAACAGACGAUAUCUAGCUUCUUCACCAAAACUGUCCCCAGUCCGACGUCCGGUGGGAGCACUGCCGAACAGAAGAACGGGAAAAGUGACAUAAGCAACCAAUCUACUCGAAAAAUACCUGGCAGGUCAAAUUCGAAACCUUCACCAAAGGCAGAGAGCAAUGGUACAAAACAAGAUGUCGACGAAGACGAGGACGA